GGGCAGCAGAGUGAUGGUAUCAGCGAGGACCUAUGCAGACUUCACCACUCAGGCCACCUUCGACAUUAAAAAAUGUGAUUUGCAUAAGCUGGAGGAGGGGCCUCCGGAGAAGGCAGUGCUAACGAGGGAGGAGGGGCUUCAGUACUACAGAACUAUGCAGGUGAUGAGGAGGAUGGAGCUGAAGGCUGAUCAGCUCUACAAACAGAAGAUCAUCCGCGGGUUCUGUCACCUGUACGAUGGACAGUCUGUGGAAGCGUGCCCGGUGGGAAUCGAGGCUGGAAUUAACCGCACAGAUCACCUGAUCACCGCGUACCGUGCUCACGGAUACACACUCACCAGGGGUGGCACCGUGCGUGAGAUCAUGGCUGAGCUUACGGGCCGUCGUGGCGGUAUCGCUAAAGGAAAGGGUGGUUCUAUGCACAUGUACGCCAAAAACUUCUAUGGAGGAAAUGGGAUUGUGGGAGCGCAGGUUCCGCUGGGUGCCGGAGUCGCGCCAGCCUGUAAAUACCAAGGCAAGAAUGAGCUGUGUGUCUGUCUCUAUGGAGACGGAGUAGCCAAUCAGGGUCAGAUAUUUGAGACGUAUAACAUGGUGUCUCUGUGGAAGUUGCUGUGUAUUUUUAUCUGUGAGAAUAACAAAUAUGGCAUGGGGAUGUCUGUGGGGCGAGCAGUAGCGAGCACUGACUACUACAAACAGGGAGACUUCAUCCCCGGACUGAGGGUGGAUGGUAUGGAUGCACUGUGUUUAGAGGCCACCAAGUUCACUGCGGAACACUGCAGAAAUGGAAAGGGACCGUUUCUUCUUCUUUCUUCUUCAAUUCUGAUGGAGCUCCAGACCUACCGUUACCAUGGACACAGCAUGAGUGACCCUAGCAUCAGCCUGCUGUGUCGCCAUCGUUACCAUACACGUGAGGAGAUCCAGGAGGUGCGCAGUAAGAGUGACCCCAUCUCCAUGCUGAAGGACCGCAUGAUCAGUAACAACAUGGCCAGUGUGGAGAAGCUCAAGGAGAUUGAUGUAGAAGUGAGGAAGGAGAUUGAGGACGCUUCCCAGUUCGCCACCACAGACCCCGAGCCUCCACUGGACGAUUUGUGUAAUCACGUCUUCUCCAACAAUCCUCCGAUUGACGUGCGUGGCACUAACCCCUGGUCCAAGCUCAAACCCAUCAGCUAAACACCAUGGAGCACUUCAUUCACACACAUAGUUUAUACACUCUGUCCUUCUUGAAAGUAAAGGGCAAAAAUAUCACUCUUACUGAAUACAGUGAGUGUGUGAGCUCACAUGAUGAGCUGUAUUAUUAUUAUUAUUAUUAUUAUUAUUAUUAUUAUUAUUAUUGGGGUUGAAAAAACACAAGGUUGAUUAUGAUAUAUUUAUUAACAGUUCUGUCUCAGAUUCUGUUUUUGUUGCUUUCUUCCCUUCACUCAGUUCCAUCUAAAUACAGCAGCAUGAAAAAGACAAGAAAGAUGUUAAUAAAGUUAAAAUUGUGUGUCAGAGCAGAGUGUCUCAGUAACACACACACACACACACACACACACACACAGAGUUAGUGUGAAUAAUGACCGUGUGUGUGUGAUUUAUUAUUGAUGAGUUUUAAUUCAUCACCAACAGAUUAGGGCUGAGUAGAGAAGCUCAUUUACAGCAGAGUGAAAGCGCACAGAAACAUGUGGGAAACAUUUCAGUCAGGCUCGUUCCCUGUGUGUGUGUGUGUGUGUGUGUGUGUGUGUGUGUGUUUUUCAGAGCAAAUUUGUUUUUAUUUCAUUUAUUUCUAACAGUAAAAGUGCGAUGGUUCCAGUGAGAGAAUCUCAGAAGGUUUUAUGCAGCAGCUGUGUCUCCACUGUGUCUGUUCCCCUGGACACAGGGCAUUAAAGUUCACUCGGGUCAAAGGUCACACUGUCUCAUGUGGUCUUUGUUAAUAAUAAUAUAUGCAAAU